AUGAAUGCAAUGAGAUGGAUAUUAUUCACAUCUUUCUUUCAAGUUUGGCAUUGCUUUGAAAACCUCUGUACGAAAAAUACGACCAGUAUCUUAUUAAGUUCAUGCUAUGCAAACAACAAAGCUUAUCUAGCUAACGAUGGCAAUGUCAAAACAACAGAGAAAUACUGUUCAUAUACUAUUAUACAACAAACAAAAGCUUGGCUUCAGGUCGACCUUUGGGAACAAUACAGCAUAAACAACGUUAAGAUUUAUUACCGAAGCGAAGGCGAUCUAGAUGAUCAGUAUUCAUGGAAACAGUAUAGGUUCAGACAGUUUUAUCUCGAUGUAUCAGAUCUACCAGCUUCCGAAACAAACACAACACAGAGAACUCGGUGUUACACUGACAACACAACAUACCCAGACUUACCUCCAAACAUAAUCGACAUACCAUGUCAACAGACGGCUAGGUACGUCAUUGUGGAGACGACGUACGACGCUCCUGAAGAUGAUCCUACUGAAGGAGCGAUCCUUGAAAUCUGUGAAAUAGAAGUUUAUGGAUGCCGAACUGGUCGAUUUGGCAGUGGUUGUAAAAUUUGUUCCGGGUGUGCACACUGUGACAUUACCAGUGGUUUUUGUCAUCAACAUCUGAAAGAUUCCAGCAACCUAUUAAUCCUAUACAUUGUGAUUGGAAUCAUGGGUGUCAGUUUUGUCUGCAUUCAGCUAUUCAAAAUAAGGCAAAAUAUUCCUUCAAGUAUGAGGACAAAAGAAAAUCAGCAUGAUAAGAAGAGCCUAGCGCCAGACAACAAGGACACAAGAAAUGCAUACCAAACUCUGAUGCAUGUCAGGCAGUCGUCCCAUUAUGAGGACCUUAUCUAAUUAUUUAAUUUGAAAUUUGGACUCUUACAGCAUUGGUGAAAACUUAGUUGUACCAAAAACCUGUGACAUUCUUUUCUUUGUGCUAAAAUGAGUGUUCCUUUUUUGGUUGUUCAUGCUAUACAAUUUUGUUAUACUACAAUACCAACUAGAGUUUAU